AUGGCGAAGACCAAACCAGGAAAUAAGAAAGACUACAAACGCGAAAAAGCUGCCCUCAAUCGCGAUAUUGAAGGCGCGGUCCCUUUUGCGAAAAAGGCAUUGGAAUUGGUGGAUGUACAGGCAAUUGAGGCACUCCCUGUAUUAAAUUUAUUAGGGGAGGUUCAUGUGGAAUUGGGAGAUGUCGAUUCAGCGAGACAAUAUUUUAUGCAAGCCGCAGGAAUAGAUGAGGAUGGAGAAGUUAGUGAGGAACUUGGAGGUGGAGCGGAGAAAUUCUUAUGGUUGGCACAAUUGAGUGAGGAUGGUGGAGAGGAUAGUGUUGGAUGGUAUGAGAAGGGAGCUAUUAGUCUUAAAGCACAGAUUGGAGCUUUAUUGGAGAAGAUGGAGAAGAAUAAGUUGGAUGAUGCAGGACUUGCUAUUUUGGAAGAGAAGAGGAGGAAGUUGGCGGUGGCGCUUUGUGGUGUUGUAGAGGUUUACAUGACUGAUUUAUCAUGGGAAGAGGAUGCAGAACAGAAAUGCGAGGCGUUGGUCACAGAAGCUACAAUGGUCGCACCAAAUUAUCCUGAGCCAUGGCAGACAUUGGCAAAUGUUAGGAUAUCACAGACUAGGAUGGGAGAUGCACAAGCAGCCCUGAAGAGGAGUUUAGAUCUGUGGAAAGAUUUACCUCCCGAGAAUGAUGUCGUCCCGGAUUUCCCCACGAAAGUCAGUCUAGCAAGAUUAUUGAUGGAGGCAGAUAUGGAUAUAGAAGCCAUUGAAGUACUGGAACGUUUAGUGGGAGAGGAUGAUACUAGUGUUGAGGUCUGGUACUUGGGUGGUUGGGGAUUAUACAUCAUGGGAGAAAAACAAAAGAAUGGGGAGAACGCACAGCAAGAAAACAAUGUCGAUGGGGAAAGUUGGAAGGUCUCUUGGAUUUCAAGUCAACAGUGGCUAAAUCAUUGCCUUCGACUUUUUGAGCAACAAGAUUAUGAAGAUGAACGUCUUGGGGCACACGCUAAGGAGCUUAUUUCCAUUUUAAAUACUGAAUUAGGAGAGGAAGCAGUCAACGCCGAAGCCGAAGUUGAAGGGGAUGGGGAUGGGGAAGGUUGGGAGUACAGUGAUGAUGAUGAAGAAAUGGUCGAAUCAUGA